AUGUCGCCGGUGGAAUUUGUCCUCUGCUUUUUCACCCAUCCUGAGCUGUCCUUCCACACGGGCAGCCUUUUAUGGCGCCCGGGGACCAAGCCAAAGUUUGGCUGGCAGAUUGACAGAGACUUUGACAACCGCGUGGAUUGUAAUGUAGAUUUCUCAUCUGAAACAAGCCAGAAGAUGGAACCCCGCUUAAAAGGAUGUGAGAAAAAAUGGAGAAAAAGAAAAUUCCGAAUAAAAAAAAGGAGUGGAUUCUAUGCUUGUGUCCGUGAUUUUAGUUCUAAUUUCAUCUACCCAUUCAAACCGGACCCUCACGUUGGAGAUACCUACAUUGUAGCCAGACAUCGAAAGCUGGCCGUUCAUGACCCUCCACAGAAUGUGAUUAAAGAGUCCCCCAUCCUUUUAGACUGUGCCUUCGAGGAACCAGAGCCACAGUGGCCCUACGUAGUGUACUGGCUGAAGAUGAGCGAUGUGAGCGAGAGGAAGAUCAGUGCCUGCGUAGACUUCUACAGCAGUGAGGGCCAGGACCGUGACCAACACUGCCCCAUAGACCCACACUUACUCGGCAGGAUAUCCAGCACCUCACCGGGUCCUUCCGGGGCUUCAGAACCUCAGGCUUCAGAACACCCAGGCCACAUCUCUCAUAAUGUCAGGAUUGACCGAAGCCGGCCUGGGGACAGCGGCAUUUACCUGUGUGUCCUGAACGUGCAGCGGACACAUCGCCACGAAGCCCGGAGGGAGACACAAGACCAGACGGAGACACAAGACCAGAGAGGGAAGAAACAGAAGGACAGAGGACCCUGGGCUGUAAUACGCAACAUCACCGUCACCGUGAACCCAAUCAGGAAACAGACAGUGUGA